AUUUCAGAGUCAAGACCCCCACCCUUGCCUCCUCCAACUGCUGCCAGUCAGCCCUUGUCAUCGUUAUCCGAGACACCCCUACCAUCUCCGUCUCCCUGCCUUUGCUGGACCGAGUUCUGGGAGCUUUAUGCCAGAGUAGCCGCUGGUGUCUUCGCCCAGCAUUUCCAGGCCCUCUUGCAGGAGAACCCUCAUUACUCCCCUGAUUCGGCCACUGCUUUCUGCCGCUGCUUUACAGACAGAUCCGUUCGACAUUUCGAGAGUGAGCCCGAGGGGACCGUCAGUAAAGAAGGAACGGUGAGCUGGGUCACCCAAUCUGACGUUACAUCACUGGAGGAGGAUGCAGCAUCUCUGUCCCUUCUGCCGACAGAAGCCUCCACCCCAUGCACACGUACUCACACACGGGCUGUGCCCAAACCGGCUUUGACCCAAGAGGGCCGUGGAUCGAAGCAGUUCCAGAGCGCCGGAACAUUUCAGGACUUGUAUGCUCAUACUCCGAUCCUCCCACCAUCCUAUUCUUCUUCAUGCUCUUCCUCUAUGGGUGGGAAUAACGGGCGGAGAGAGGACAGGGGAAUAGCGGUCAAAUAUAACCAACCUGGAUACAAAGACCUGGAAGAAGAGGAAGACAGCUGUGUGGGGCCUGUCGCCGGAGAGGAGGUGGAGGCAGAUGUAGUAGCAAGGUACAAUGAGGGCGAGGGUGAUAUGACCUCAGAAAGAGCUGAUCUCAGCCAGACUCCGACAUGCCCCAAUCCCUCUGGCACACCAGCAAACUCUGGGUCAAAAUGCAAUGGGAGAUCCAUUGGGGGUCACUCGAAGAAUAAACUAAAAAAGUGGUUCUCUUUGCGCACCAUGGGCCGCAGCAUCCGAGAGAGUGUGCAAGGCAUCUUGCACUGGAGCAGCUCCUCCAGUGACGCCCCUCAGAACUGCAGCUCGGCUAAUUCUGCCCCCCUUCCUUCCAGUUACGGCUACACUACAGGCCUGCAAGAUGGCAAGAGGAACUCUGGCUCGCAGGGCGUUCCUACAUCUCUCCCUGUCUCUCUUGACGUUCCCCUCUCUCUCCCUCACUCCUCGUCCUCUACAUUGCCCCCAUCAUCCUCCAGUAGCAUCACCUCCCUCUCACUCUCCGAGGCCCAUAACUGCCGAAGAAGCAACAGCAAGAAGGAGAAGAAACUGCGAUUGUCCCGCUCACUAGCGCCAAAUCUGUUCACCACAGCUCCAACUUCCUCUGCCGUGUCGUCCUCGCCACUACCACCAAGUAGCUUCAGUGCCACGAGGAAGAUGGGCAGGCUGGUAAGGGAGGGAGGUGUGACCAUGUGUUCAUCUUCGGAAGAGUUCGCCAGUAAUCAUGGAUUCCCGGGAUUUUCUUUUGGACUGCUGCACCACCCCACGGCCAUGGAAGGAGUUGCAGGUGGAAGGGGGAUGCAUUGGCAUAAGUGCCAUCUAGUUCUGAUAGAACGAGAUAAGGAUGGAGGCUUGGAAUAUUUCCUGGAGUUUUACAUCCCACCUAAGUCAUCCAAUCCCAGAAUGAUGGUCCCAUGUUGCUCUAUUGUUGAUGUGAGGAGCACUACAGCGACAGAGAUGCCAGACAAAGAGAACACCCUUCUUCUGCAGUUGGAAGGUCAGGUGCAGUACUGAUCGAGACCAGAACAUGCGUUUCAGAUUAGAGCUUGGAUUAGGGAAAUCAGAAAUACCAUUUUUUAA